AUGCCCUCGCUCGCCAUUCUGGAUGACAAUCUCUCAGUGUCCCCAGCACACUUCAGUCACAUCCCAUCUUCGUCCCUCAGUAUAAAGGUAUUCAAGAAUGCUAUGCCACUCCGAACUCCUGAGGACGAAGCAGCCCUGAUCAAAACUCUAAAACCAUUCGUGAUCAUCUCCACGAUGCGCGAAAGGACAUCAUUUCCAGGAUUUCUGCUUCGCCAGCUCCCCGAUCUCAAGUUGCUCCUCUGCACAGGAACUCAACUCGAGACAUUCGACAUGGAAGUGUCCAAAGAAUUGGGACUUCCUGUCGAGGACGAAUACGGUGAGAAAACCUUCCAAGUAGUCUCAAAGAAGACUCUUCUCCAGACUGCAGAUGUGAUUACGAUACACUACGUCCUUAGCGAGCGAUCCAAGGGGAUCGUCGCAGAAGAGGAGCUGUCCCUCAUGAAGCCGACUGUGGUGUUCGUCAACACUUCCCGCGGACCUCUCGUAGUGGAAAGGGACCUGCUAGAUUGUGCGAGCCACGGGAGCAUCGCCGGUAUCGCGCUCGACGUCUUCGAUCAAGAGCCCUUGCGGUCUGACUCUCUCUGCUGCUCACAUGAUUGGGCCAAGGAUGGGAGUAGCAGAGUCUUGCUGAGCCCGCACAUGGGCUAUGUUGAGACAGAUGUCAUGAACGACUUCUAUGCUGGUCAAGCGGAGAGCGUUGAAAGAUGGCUGGAGGGCAAGGAACUGGAGGAUCGGCUUGUCUAG